UACAUCUGAAACACCAUGUCGACAACACUGUUCAGUGAUGAUAUGUUAGGAGUAGUGUUUGAUGCUGGUUCUCAGAACAUGAAGGCUGGGUUCGCUGGAGAACCCUCGCCAAGGGCCAUGGUGCCCACCACAGUUGCUAGAUUCCGACGGGAAGGCCUGAUAGACGGAAUACCCCUGAUCUACUGCGGGACCGAAGCUAUCAAGAAACGAGGGAUUUCAACAAUGGUGUGGCCAGUUAGGGAAGGAAUGAUCCAAGACUGGGAUGAGAUGGAGAAGAUGUGGCAUUACAUAUUCUAUAAGGAGCUUCAUGUGCCACCAGAGAGUACCAGGAUCAUGCACUCUGUUCAUCCAUUGACUGCUAAGGCUGAUAAGCAACGGAUGGCAGAAAUUCUGUUUGAAUCCUUUGAUAUCAACGCUCUGUACAUCGCCAAGUCUCCAACUUUAGUCCUGAACGCUUACGGCAGAACUUCCGGAGUGGUUUGCGAGACUGGAUACGCCUGUUCCUAUGUUGCACCAGUUUUCGAAGGGUUUCCAUUGAAGUAUGCUACCAUCACGUCACCAGUCACUGGCAAGAUGCUGAGUGAAAGACUACAGAAACUGAUGUUCAAAGCGGGAUAUUCUUUCACUACGCCUUAUGAGAUUGAUUUGAUUGACCAGAUUAAGAGAGCUAUUUGCUACGUAUCUCAGGAUUAUGCCGUGGAACUGGCACACUCAACUGGGCACGACAGCAAGGCUAAAUACGACUUGCCGGAUGGCCAGCAUAUCUUGUUAGGGCAGGAGCGGUUCCUCUGCCCAGAGGUACUGUUCAAACCAGAACUUGAGGGUCUGAAGUGCAGGAACAUCAUCGACACUAUUUGCCAUAGUAUUGAUAUGUGUGACCUUGAUUAUAGAUCUAUAUUCUACAAUAACAUAGUCUUCUCUGGAGGUGCCAGCCUGACCACGGGUCUCGUGCAGCGAGUGACCAGGGAACUGGGACAGAUCCUGAAGACCAACCUGCCUGACGUGACUCUGAAGGUGGAUGCUAUGGAGAUGAGGAAAUAUGCAGCUUGGGCUGGAGGGUCCAUGCUGGCUUCUCUGCCGAACCUUAGAGAGUUCUGGUUCACUAAGCAAGAGUAUGAGGAUGUGGGCUCAGAACGUAUUAAGUUUAAGUUCUUUUGAGAACAUUGUACUUGUAGUUACCAGUUUUAAGAUCUGGAACUAAGCCUUCUUGGUAACCAGAUAUACUGGCUGCAUUGUGACAUUUCAUUUAAAUGUACCUUUUAUGUUAAAGAAUAUUAAGAUACAGUACACUUAGACAUUUUGUGAUGAAAAUGUAUCUCCUUUUGACGAUUUUUCAAAAGCUAUAGCUAUUACAAGAGCUAAAUAUGAUUUCCCGCAUCCCGGGAGAACAAUUUGCAUAAUACAAACAAGUGCGGUAAUCACGCUCUAAUUACGAAGCGCAGACAGGUGGUUACACUAGUAUGUGCCAUGAAUACAUUAUCAUGAACAGGAAGAGGCUAGCCUAAUGAUAAUGUUUAUUUUGAAUGAAAUGAUUUAUUUAACUGUAAGGACUUAUUGUUCACUCGUAGCUUAAUUGAAAUAAAUAAAUUUUACCCAAAAUGAAGGUGAAUUUAG